CAGAGUUCAUGAAGCAAAAUUUUUUUGGAUCAAAACAAAUUUGGAGUUUAACAAAGUAAACAUGUGAAAUUUACGGGUCUCUAAAUUCAGUUUGACAAUUACAAGCUAAAUUUCAAAUAUAAAUGAAUUGUUAAAGUCAAUAUUAAUAUUAAACGAGAAAUAAAAUCUUUGAGAUAGGCUAGAAUUCCACAUAUGAUUCAUAAACCGGUAAACCAUAGUCAAGUUUUGUUAGUAGCCUGUUAGCAUUAAAUUGACAUGAGAAACUAAAUUCUUUACUGUGGAUUUUCAAAUUUUUCUCGUGAAUUAACAAGUGAUAGUAUCUAUAGUAACAUAAUGUUUAUAUAUGAUACUGCAAAGAAAAGAAAAACGAUUAUUAAUUAUUGUGUCGUACUAAAAAAACUAAGUGUACAACGUAAAUGAUGCACUCAUAUCGUUGUGAUUCACUAUCUAAUAUUAAGCAAUUUAAUGGAUGAUUUAUUAUUUGGAAUAGUGAUUAUGGUAAAAAAUAACUGUGUUAUCAUAUGAUUGUUGGCUAUUCAAAUAGAACUCAAGUAAAUGAAAUUUGUCAUUGAGAUUAUACCUACAAAAUACGAUCAGGAAAUUCAGUACAGAUGGUCAGCUAAAUUCAUUCAGUCAUAAAAUCAACAUUGGUCAUUGCACUUUGUGUGUGUAAAAGGCAAAUUGACCACAAUCUUUGGGGAAGCCAUAGGACUCACGUGUGAUCGACAAGAUAAAAUAGUGCCGGAGGACUACAGUGAUAGAAGUGGCGAAAAGCCCAGAUUCAAGGGUGGCAUCAUGGAUUCUCACCAACAACAAUUUUGUCUCAAGUGGAAUAGUUUUGGCAGUAAUUUAGCUACUGCAUUUUCAAAUCUUUUCAAAAGUGAGAGUCUUACUGAUGUAACACUAUUCUGUGAAGGAAUAACGUUUAAAGCACAUAAAUUAAUAUUAGCAGCAUGUAGUAAACAUUUUCAAGAGCUUUUUGAGAGUAUGCCGCCUUCUCCUGCUGGACUUAUUGUCAUUUUGGACGGUACUAGUGCACAUAAUAUGGCUUCUCUUCUUGAAUUUAUGUAUCGAGGCGAAGUUCAUGUUUCUCAAGAAUCACUCAGCUCCUUUUUGAAGGCUGCUGAAUAUCUUCAAGUAAAAGGUUUGUCUAUUGAGCAUGAAAAGUUGGCAGUAGCACACACCCGUUCAGCAGAAAAUAAUAGCUCAUCAACAGAAUCGGGUAAUGGUAAUGCAGAAGUGCUGGAAUCAGAAACUACUAGUAGGGUGAUGAAGAAAGAAUCAACCUCAACAUCAUCACCAUCACCAAAUUACACAGCACCAAAUAUUUAUAAUUCAACUCACUACUAUGAAAGUCCUCAGAAGAGGACGAGGUUAAUAAGAUCACCCAGUGAAAUUGAUACCCUUGGAAGAGUAAGCGUGUUACGAGAUGGAGCAGCUUUUCGACCUGCAUCAGCACCACAUCCAUUAUUACUAGAAAAUCAUUUGUAUCAACCUUUCACACAUCCCUCAGAAAAUGUGACUCAUUCGUAUACUGCACCUCACACACCGACAGAAUUAGAGAGAGAAUUGGAGAGAGUUAGGUCAGAUGAGAAAGAUAAUGGUGAACAUAAGGAAACAGUAGCUGAAGAUUUACGAAUAAAACAAGAACCAUUAGUGAUGACUGAUCGGGAAAGAACUGAAAAAUUGGUAGAAAGAUUAUCUGGUGAAGUGUAUCCGGCAGGAAGAGUAUAUGAACCAAGUAGUUAUGAAUUAGUUGGUGAUCAUAAACAUAACUUAACACCAUUCAGCCAAGGAUCAGCUCCGUUAACUCAUCCUCCUACACCUGACCUAAGCCCAGCUCCAACAACUCCAGCCAGAUGGAAUUCAAAAAUUAAUAAAGCUGGGACAGUUACUACACCAGAUGGUAAAAAGUUAAAGUGUCCCUUUUGUGAUCGUCUUUAUGGCUACGAGACAAAUUUACGUGCUCAUGUACGUCAACGUCAUCAAGGUAUCAGAGUGUCAUGCCCAUUUUGUUCACGCACAUUUACUAGAAAUAAUACUGUACGACGACAUAUAGCACGGGAACACAAGAAUGAAAUAAGCAUUAAGGCCUUUCAAACAUCAGGUCAUCAAGUUGCAGAAUCAAUGCCACAAUAAAUGUUAAGUUUAUCAUUAUCUUUAUUCCAUGUACAGAGAGUAAUUUUUCAAGUUUAUUAUAAAUGUACCAUCAUGAAUCAAUUAUCUUCUUACAUAUAUAAUAACGCUCCUACUAUUGAAGAUAUGAUUCAUGAAUAGAUUACAUUUCAUAAAAAACAUUUCUGUCUAAUGAUCGAUAAUAGAUCAACAAUUUUAUGAAUACUACAGUUACCUGCACCUUACAAAAAAAAAUAUUUAAUAUUUUUUUUUAUCGUUUUUAUUAUGGUGGUUUUUUCAAAUUUUCGUUAAUUUUAAAGCAAUUACGUUUUUUUUUUUAUUUUAAACAAACUUUAUGAAGUUUGUAAAUCAUGAUAAGAAUAUUAGCAUUUUAAUAUAAUUUACUCAAAUUCAUUGAAUAUUAAUUAAUUGAUUGAUUAAUUAAUUAAAAAUCACUUUAAUAUAAUAAUACAAGGGAAAUUAGGUAGUCGAUUGUGUAUAUUAUAAAAAAAAAAAAAAAAUAAGAACUUAAUGUUCUAGAGAGUGCAAAUUUGUCGAUGAAAAAAAAAAAAAAAUAUGACAAUCUUUGAAUUUCACUUUCUUUAAAUCAGUACGUGAAUUUUACCGAUGCAGAAAAUUUCUCAAAACAAUGAGAAAUCAUUAUCGAAAAAAGGAAAAAAACAAAAAAUACACGCAGAAAGUGUCAUUUAUAUAGGUAUCGAAAACGAAAUACAAAAAGUAAUCCAGUGAUUUGGUAUAUACAGAAAGCUACUAAGAGAAUUUAAAUAUUACAAAUACAAAACUAGUCAAUGAAAGUGCAACGGUCAAAUUUAUUAAUGCAGUUAUUAUUAAUUACCAAUUAAUAAUACUGCUUAUACGAUAAUACUAUACUCGUACUAUUACUACUAAUACUACUACUUCUACUACUAUUAUCCCUACUUCUACUACUACUAUUAUUAUAAACAACUGCUA